UGCACCCUCCUCUCUCCACCCCCAGAUCGGGGUUUAUAAAAGUGGAGGGAAUUAAAUGUUUCUCUCCGUCACUCCUUUUCCUCUGCUUACACUCAGACUGUGGUGGGACAUUCAAGCCUAAUCAUGAGCAGGAACUUCUUGUGCAAGCAUGAUGAGCUCCGCAGGGGAGACUUCCUGCUCUCCAACAAUAGGGAGUAUAAGGCUGUUUUCCAGGACGACGGGAACUUUGUUGUCUACGGCUGGCAACCUCUGUGGGCUUCAGAGACUGCAGGAUCAGACGCUACCCGCCUGUGCAUGCAGGCUGACUGCAACCUGGUCAUGUACAACAAUGAUGACCAAGCCCGGUGGCACACAAACUCCGCCAAAUCCAGCUGUAACAUAUGCCGUCUUCACCUGACCAAUGAUGGCAAACUGGUGCUGCACAGGGAGAAUAAGGAGAUCUGGACCUCUGCUGACUCUAAAGGCAUGAAGUGAUGUUUGUCAUCAUCUUACGUUAACUGGGAUCAAAUAAAAGGAAAUUUAACGAUGCA